UGCGCCCUACGGGAGCCCCCAGGGGGCAUUCCUCGGGCGGCGCGGCGCGGCCCCCCUUCCCCGACUGGGCGGGAGGCUGCGUGCGCGUGCCCUGCGAGCGCCUGGACUCCGGUUCGCAAGCAGCCCCACCCCUUCUGUCUGCCACGUGUCCUGAGGCGGGAGUUACACCCCGGCAGCGAGGCGCCCCCACGUGGUGCAAGCGGCGUCGAACCAAUCAUAGGCCGGCUCCGCCCCCGGUCACGUAGAGCGGCUAACUCCAUGCACAACGCCGAUAUUUGUCCCUAACUGACGGGAGGAUCGGCCAACCAGAGCAUAUUUUCAAGACGGCCUGAUACACCCCCAUAGCCAAUAGGAGCCGCCCUCGAAGUUGCAGCGGGGCUCCUGUACUAGCCGUAAGGCAGCCGCUCGCGCGUCUUCUCUGACGUCACUACUCCCUUCGCAGUGGCAGCUUGGGACACCAAUAGGAAGCCGCCUCUGUGGCGAGAGCGCCUGGGCGGGCCAACUGUAGCCAAUGUGAUGUGGACAUGGGCGUGGCCUGCUCGAUCAGGGGCCAAUCGAAAGUGUGAAUAGGUGAGGCUCGAAGGGGUGCCGUAUGGAUGAAAUGGGUGGAGCCAGGCGACGGUGCAGCCAAUGGGGAGAGGCAGUGGGCGUGUCCGGAUAGCCCCUGGCGCCAGCGCUGGGGCGCCCCGUGCGCUCAGUGCUGUUUCCGCCAGGCCCGUGGAAGAGGCGCAGCCAGUGGUGCUGAGGGGGAGGGGCCGAGGCUGCCGCCGCCGCAGAGGGUCUCGGUCCCGUCUGCUGCCCAGGAAACGCCGUGGCGCCGAGCCGGGCCUAGUGGCGCGCGGGGGCCCGGGCAACGGGCCGGCCAGGUUUCCCCAUGUCCGUGACGUGUUGGCCGAGGCUCUGCGGCUCCUCCCCACCCUUGGAGCGGCCAGUCGCUACCUUUUGGACUCCGUGAUCCCUGACGGACGUCAUGAGCAUUGCAAUCCCUCUGGGAGUCACCACACCAGAUACAUCCUACUCAGAUAUGGCUGCAGGAUCCGACCCAGAGUCCGUGGAAGCUAGUCCAGCUGUCGAUGAGAAGAAUGUGUACUCCAGUCAUGGCUAUGAGGCCACCCAGAGGCACAGCUAUCGAGGGCUGCCUUAUGCAGAUCAUAAUUAUGGAGCUCCUCCUCCUCCGACCCCUCCAGCAUCUCCCCCAGUUCAGACUAUCAUCCCUCGUGCUGAGCUGAAUGGCUUGCACUCUCCUGACGAGGAGAACUCUGGGGACAGUGAGAGUUCCUCAGAGGGAGAGUCCAUUCCCAGCUGGUGUCACUGCACUCUCUCUCAAGAUGGCUUCCUCAUCAAGUGUGACAAAUGCAGGGGAAUGAGCAGGGGGAAAGUGAUCAGACUCCGCCGCCGGAAGCAGGACAAUGUGUCAGGUGGAGACAGUAGUGCAACUGAGAGUUGGGAUGAGGAGCUCUCCCCCUCCACAGUGUUGUACACAGCUACGCAGCACACACCCACAAGCAUCACUCUCACUGUUAAUCGGGUCCGCAGAAACAAACCUAAGAAGAGGAAGAGGAGUAUGGAGAAAGCUCGCACUGCACCAAAGGCCAAGAAAAUCAAGGCCUUUCGAGAAGGUUCACGGAAAUCUCUGCGGAUGAAGAAUUCUCCUUCUGAAGCACAUGCCCUGGAUGAGAACACAGCUGAGGGGUGGGAGAACCGGAUACGGCUCUGGACAGAUCAGUAUGAAGAAGCCUUUACUAACCAGUACAGUGCUGAUGUACAGAACCUCCUGGAACGGCAUCUAAGCACCAAUAAAGAAUUUGUGGGCAAAACUGCUGUGCUGGACACAAUCAACAAGACAGAGUUGGCCUGCAAUAAUACAGUUAUUGGGUCCCAGAUGCAGUUGCAACUGGGAAGAGUGACUCGGGUUCAGAAGCACCGGAAGAUCUUGAGGGCAGCAAGAGACUUGGCAUUAGAUACCCUUAUAAUUGAAUAUCGAGGAAAGGUUAUGUUACGGCAGCAAUUUGAGGUCAAUGGGCAUUUCUUCAAAAAGCCAUACCCCUUUGUGCUGUUCUACUCGAAGUUCAACGGUGUUGAGAUGUGUGUGGAUGCGCGCACCUUUGGCAACGACGCCAGGUUCAUCAGGCGUUCCUGUGCACCAAACGCAGAGGUCCGUCAUGUGAUUGCUGAUGGAAUGAUCCACUUGUGUAUCUAUGCGCUCGCCUCCAUUGCCAAGGACACAGAGGUCACCAUCGCCUUUGACUAUGAGUACAGCAUCUGCAACUAUAAAGUGGACUGUGCAUGUCACAAGGGGAACAGGAAUUGCCCUGUACAGAAACGGAACCCAAAUGCUGCAGAACACCUACCUCCACCUAUUCUAGGCACACUGAUGAUGGGGGCAGAAACAAGGCGUCGGAAAGCCCGUAGGAAGGAACUAGAAUUGGAACAGCAGGGCAUUGCAUCAGAUGAGAACAGCAACCAGCAAGCAGAGGAGGUUCCAGAGGGACCUGCUGCAGCCAGCGACAAUGAGGCUGCAGAUAAAGAAGAGAAGCAAGAGGAGGGGGAGAGAGAGGAGGUUGUGGAUGAGCAGGGAGGCCUGGCUCACAGCAGACGGUCCCGGGAGGAGAGGAAGGUAGAGGCCAUUAUGCACAUGUUUGAAAACUUGGAGAAGAGAAAGAGAAGACGAGAGCAACCAUCAGAUCGGAGCAGCACAGAUGCUGAAUUCAUCGUUAACCCUGAGGCUUCUGAGUUGGAGGAGGUGAAAAUGGAGACUCCUGAAACUGAAGACAGCAGUUCAGCUUUAAGUGGGGCUGCUCCAAGCACUCCUAACAGCAGCAGCAAUGUUGGGGUGAACACACGGAGGUCCACACAGUCAGUAGAUGCAAUUCCAGAAAAGACGAUCACUAAGCCAGCUCCAGCCAAACCCUCCAGGCCCCGACCCAAAAGCCGUUUUUCUCGCUAUCGGACCAGUUCAGCACAACGAUUGAGACGGCAGAAGCAGGCCGUUUCCCAGCAGACCGAGCUCUCCCAGGCUGUCCCAGAGGAGGGAAGCAGCAUCAGCUCAGUACCUGCUGCAGAUGUCAGCAGCAUGGAGGGUCCAGGAGAAAGUAGGCAAUUGAUGGGGUCUGACCCAACUGUGAUGCUGGCUGCAGGAUCCCAGUCCAACCGAGCCACAGUAAAGUACCCCAAAACUAAAAAGUAUCUAGUUACAGAAUGGCUGAAUGACAAGGCAGAAAAGCAGGAAUGCCCCAUCGAGUGUCCUUUACGUAUUACCACAGACCCCACUGUUUUGGCAACAACCCUCAACAUGUUGCCAGGUCUUAUCCACUCCCCACUGAUUUGUACCACACCCAAACACUACAUCCGCUUUGGCUCGCCUUUCAUCCCUGAGAGACGUCGAAGGCCUCUUCAGCUGGAUGGGAUAUACAGUUCCUGUAAAAAGCGCUGGAUGAAACAAGCCCUGGAAGAAGGGAUGACUCAGACCUCAUCUACUCCACAAGAGAAUAGAACCCAAUGUCUAUACCAAAGUAACGAGAGCAGCAGCUCUUCUAGCAUCUGCAAGGACAAUGCAGACUUGCUGAGCCCCCUGAAGAAGUGGAAAUCUCGCUACCUGAUGGAGCAGAAUGUUACCAAGUUACUGAGGCCACUAUCUCCAGUCACGCCUCCACCUCCUGGCCCAAUGAGCCCACAACUCACCACACCCUGCUCAUCUCUACCAGGAGAGGAGGAAAGUCGCAAUGGUUAUGGCAUGAUGUUUUCACCAAUUCCCUCUCUGGCUGCUAGUCGCUGCAAUACUCCACUACAGUUUGAGAACGUAUCCUCCCCUGAGAGUUCCCCUGCGCAUAGGCCCGAGUCCCUGUCACCCGAGCUCUGCCUUCGAACGGACCUGGAUUUGGCAAAAGUGGGCUACCUGGAUUCCAAUGCUAACACCUGUCCAGAGAGGCCAUCGCUGCUGAGCUCAGGCCACUCUGAUCUGGCUCCACAGUCCUCCAUUCACUUCACUUCUGAGACCAACUUCCCAGGAAAGAGUGGGGAGGCACAGCUGCUGCUAAGAAGCUCCGAUCAGGCUUUUCGGACAGAGUUUAAUUUAAUGUAUGCCUUCUCCCCUUUGAACGCUAUGCCCCGUGUAGAUGGAUUGUUGCGGGCUUCCCCACAGGUGGGAGACAGGAAGCCCCUGAGUUCAGAAGGGGGAUGUUGCAGCUCUCCUGCAGAUGGAUACUUCAGCAGACAUGAGCUGGGACUUCUUAAAGAGACAUUGCAUGGAUCCAUGUCUCCUGGUGGUGAGAGGGUUUGUGAAGGAGUCAAAUCUGCUCCCCAAAACCCACCACAAAGGAAAAAGGUCUCUCUGCUGGAGUACCGCAAGCGAAAACAGGAAGCCAAGGAGGGAAGUGAUUCACUGCGAUGCACAGUGACGCCGACCCGACAAGGCAGCAACAGCUCUGUGACUGACACAGAGGCCAGCAGUGUGCAGGGCUCAGUAGUCCGAGCCCCAUCCUCCCCACAAAGUGGCUGUUCUCCCUCACAUCCCCCCCUGCCUCACAUAGAGGAGAUCAGCCCACCAGACCUGAGGGUGGCUAGUUCCUCGACCUCACACUGCAAAUCCCAGGAGAACAUCAGCAGUAGGUGGAUGGUCCCCACAUCUGUGGAGCGGCUUCGAGAGGGCCGUGGUAUUCUCGAGAAGGUUCUGCGCAGUGGUGCAAAGAUAUCCCAGAGAGGAGAGCCCUCACCCACAAGUGACAGUGCUGCUGAGAGAGAUCCAGGUACUGCUGAGGGAGACACCCCAGAAGUUCUCAGUUCUGCACUCAAAGGACCAGCAGUUUACAGCCCUUCUAGAUACAGCUACCAGCUCCUGCAGUCUGACAGCCCCCGAGCAGAGUCCCAGGCUCUCCUUCAGCAGAGUUCCUCCCCCUACAGAGGACACUCUACUCCGUCUCCUGGGUACAGCUACCGAGCAGCUCCACCGAGAACAGGACUCAACCCCGUUCAGGGCUCGUCAGAAGCAUCCCUUUCGUCCACCUCCUAUUCCAGCCCUGCCCAUUCAGUUUCCACGGACUCCCCAGCUCUGUUUGCAGGGAAUUCUGGGUAUUACAGCAGCCAGCAACACUCUGGAAGUAGCAUUAAUAGCAGCCUUCUGAAGAAGAGUCACUCUGCUGCUGCCAGUCCAGCACAGCAGGUUGCUGCAGACUUAGUAUCCUUGGGGUCGGUUUCCCAGCCCUGCACAGGAGCAUCAGGCUCCAGCUCUGCUCCCCAAAGUUCCAGAUCGUUGCAGUCAGACUUGCGGACUAUCAGCCUGCCUAAUUCUGGGCAGCCUGCUCUCCACCAGAGCUCCAGAGGGUCAGGGGUUUCCAGUUCACAGCACUAUCCACACCGUGGGGGAGGCAGUGUCCAUCAAUAUAGACUGCAGCAGCUUCAAGGUCCAGGAGUAAAGACUCAGACAGGACUUUCCUAGGGUUGCCUGGAUUCAAGGAGGACCGAAUUGCCCAUAACUCCUUCCAGCUACCUCUGGAAGUGGCUUCUGGGCCGAUGCUGGGAGCUUGCACCGGGUG